UCCGCUAGUGUAUAGAUAAGACUUCGAUUUGUACUAGUCAACAGAAAAUGGAGUCAUUUCGUCUUGUAUUAUCUGUCAUUGUAAGUUUGGCUCACCUUGGAUUACCAGUACUAAGUGAUCAUAAGUUCUGUGCCUAUGCCUUCAAGGAGAAUCCAUUUGCCUGUCAGUAUCCCAAAGUAUACCAAAGAUGUGGACACGAAUGUGAUAAGAGACAAUUAAGCUGCUUUAAAUGUUCAUCCGUUGAAGACCCAAGUCAUUGUCAAACAACUACUACAUGUGGACCAUCUCAGGCGUGCUCAAUGACAGGGUUUAUAGACCAAAGUUUUCGUAAGAGAUAUGCUCUAGGAUGUGUCAAUACAACGCAAUGCAAUAUUUUCCAUGAAUCACGACACACAAGGAACGAACUACAUUUGCCUGGAUACUGCUGCAAACAAGAUAAAUGUAAUUCCAAUCUGGUCAAACCAACGGAUCCCCUGUCAGUAUCUAAAGAAUGCCGUGAUGCGACACCAUAUGCAUGCCAAUAUAUGUUAGAUAAAAACCAGAAUAUAUGCAACCAUCACGCUACAACUCGUGAAAUAUGCGCAGCCAUGUGUGGAGAAUGUCAUGGUCCACUGAGUUGUCUUAACUGCACUGAUAUUGGUGAGAAUGAGAUAUGCCAGACAUUUGAAUCAUGUGACAAUGGAAAGAAGUGCAUUAUUGACCGUGAAGUAAACAUUCAGACCAUGGCAGUUAAAUACAGGAUGGGGUGUUCCACUGCAAAUGUCUGUUCUGCAAUGGCGAAUGGUCAUGACGCGUCUUGUUGCAAUACGCAUUCCUGUAAUAACCAAGUUUUGCUGCUUUCAAAACUGUCUCAGACAACAGUUCCAAGUACGAUAACAACAACACCAACAACGACAACUCAGCCAACUACGACAACACAGACAACAACAACAACUAGGCCAACAACGACAACACAGACAACGACGACAGCUCAGCCAACAACUAUAACAACAGAGCAACCCACCACUACAACAAUCAGAGUAACGUACCCAGCGCUGAACUGUGGAGUAGAUUUUGUACAAGUUGGUGGGACAUGUUAUUAUAUUAACCCAGAAGGCAGGACAGAGAUAUGGGAAGAUGCAAAGGUUAUCUGCAUGGCAUUAGAUAGUCAGCUGGUAGAAUUUGAGACAGAAAGAGAAUUAAAGGAAAUGAAAAAUUAUCUUAUAUCCAAACACGGUUAUGACCGACAUUAUUCAUAUUGGAUUGGUGGGAAGAAAAACCCUCAAUCAUCAAGCUGGGAAUGGGAUUCUAGUAAUUCACCUAUUUUAACAACUGCAUGGUUCGGAGACAAAGACAGUAACACGCAAGGAGAAUGUUUAGAAUACGGAGCAAUGUAUGAUUUUAAGUGGUAUGGUGGACGAUGUCACCUUCAAUCUAAUUUCAUUUGUGAAAAGAAAUAAUUCUC